CGCGUCUUGGGAGGGGGACCUGCCCUUGUGCUCCCGUCCAGGGCAGCCCCUGUCAUGAACUGCCGCGCGGAGGUGCUGGAGGUGUCGGUGGAGGGUCGGCAGGUGGAGGAGGCCAUGCUGGCUGUGCUCCACACCGUCCUGCUGCACCGCAGCACCGGCAAGUUCCACUACAAGAAGGAGGGCACCUACUCCAUUGGUACCGUGGGCACCCAGGACGUGGACUGUGACUUCAUCGACUUUGCCUAUGUCCGAGUCUCCUCCGAGGAGCUGGACCGAGCCCUCCGCAAGGCUGUUGGGGAGUUCAAGGACGCCCUGCGCAGCUCGGGCAGCGAUGGCAUGGGGCAGAUCUCCCUGGAGUUCUACCAGAAGAAGAAGUCUCGCUGGCCCUUCUCAGAUGAGUGCAUCCCGUGGGAGUUGUGGACCAUCAAGGUGAAUGUGGUGAACCUGGCCAACGAGCAGGAGCGGCAGAUCUGCUGCGAGAAGGUGGGGGAGAAGCUCUGCGAGAAGAUCAUCAACAUCGUGGAGGUGAUGAACCGCCAUGAGUACCUGCCCAAGAUGCCCACCCAGUCUGAGGUGGACAACGUCUUUGACACCAGCCUGAAGGAUGUGCAGCCCUACCUCUACAAGAUCUCCUACCAGAUCACAGACUCCCUGGGCACCUCGGUCACCACCACCAUGCGCAGGCUCAUCAAGGACACCCUGGCUCUGUAACACCAGCUGCCACCCAGGCAGGUUCUCCUCAGGUGGUGACACCUCUCUGGCAUAGCCCUUGGCUCUUUGAGAACACUGUCUCUGCUUGGGUCCUUCCUCUCCACCUCCAGAAGGCCUCUGUGAGGAGCUGGACUCAGCCUGGCCUUUAAUUGAGGGUUGAGGCUGGGAUGGUUUGCCCUGUGGCCACUCACCCAUCCUGGAGAACCGGCUCCAGUCAGUCCUUGGGGUGGGAGCUGCUGCUUGCCUCUGGGAUGGUGGCCUGGGAACCAGCAUGGAAUGGGAGAGGCAUCCCAGCCUUGUCCCUUGUCACCCCCAUGGUGACACCCUGGUCCCUGGGACUGAGCUGCUCUGAACUCGCUGCCUCCCUUGGGGCAAAAAUAAAGGA